AUGAGUUAUUGUGAUAGCCAGCUUUAUCAGUCUCAGAGUACGCAUGUCCCUGCUUCCCCUUCCACUGAUUUUACUUUCACCCUUUGUACCUUGGGAGUAUUUUUGCUGCCCGAGCCUGCAGCUGUCACCAACAUGCUCUCCCUGUCGGUCCGCCAGGCGCUUCGGCCUGUCCUCCUCAGGGCUUCAGGAUGUGUGGGGAGAGAAGGCCAGGCGGCGGUGGAGUCGAGGAGACGAGGCCUCUGCAGUGGCGGCGGUGGCGGGUGGACCGGCCAGGACAGCCUGGCCCAGGACGACCCGGAGAUGUGGGGUCUCCUGCAGCGGGAGAAAGACAGGCAGUGCCGGGGACUGGAGCUCAUCGCUUCAGAGAAUUUUUGCAGCCGUGCAGCACUGGAGGCUCAGGGCUCCUGUCUGAACAACAAAUACUCCGAGGGGUAUCCAGGACAAAGGUAUUAUGGAGGUGCAGAGGUUGUCGACCAGAUUGAGCUGCUGUGCCAGAGGCGAGCGCUCGCUGCCUUCAGCCUGGAUCCUAAUCUGUGGGGCGUCAAUGUCCAGCCGUACUCCGGAUCGCCGGCGAACUUUGCGGCCUACACAUCAGUGCUGCAGCCUCACGACCGCAUCAUGGGCCUGGACCUGCCUGAUGGGGGGCACCUUACCCACGGCUACAUGACAGACACUAAGCGAAUCUCAGCCACCUCAAUAUACUUUGAAUCAAUGCCCUACAAGCUGAAUCCUCAGACAGGACUGAUCGACUACGAGCAGCUGGAGAAGACGGCCCGUCUCUUCAGGCCCAGACUCAUCAUAGCAGGAACCAGCGCCUAUGCCCGCCUGAUCGACUACGCCCGCAUGAAGAAGCUGUGUGUGGAGCUGAACGCCUACCUGCUGGCGGACAUGGCUCAUAUCAGCGGCCUGGUGGCGGCGGGAGCUGUUCCCUCGCCGUUUGAGCACGCCGACCUGGUCACCACCACUACCCACAAGUCUCUGCGAGGAGCGAGGGCCGGCCUGAUCUUCUACCGGAAAGGUGUUCGGUCUGUGGACAAGAAAGGUCGCGAGGUGGCGUACAACCUGCAGGACCGGGUCAACUUCGCCGUCUUCCCAUCACUUCAGGGAGGACCUCACAACCACGCCAUAGCUGGAGUGGCGGUCGCCCUCAGACAGGCUUCGACCCCCAUGUUCAAACAGUACAUCAACCAAGUGCUGUUAAACGCCAAAGCCCUGGCCGAGUCUCUGCUGAGGAAAGGCUACACUCUGGUUUCAGGGGGAACAGACAACCACCUGGUCCUGGUUGACCUACGACCUCGCGGGAUGGACGGUGCUCGGGCUGAGCGGGUCCUGGAGCUGGUUUCCAUCACCGCCAACAAGAACACCUGUCCUGGAGACAAGAGCGCCCUCACUCCAGGAGGGCUCAGACUCGGAACUCCAGCUCUGACCUCUCGGCAGCUGAAGGAAGCAGACUUUGAAAAAGUAGUGGACUUUAUUGAUGAAGGGAUCCAGAUUGCAAUGGAUGUGAAAAGCAAAACAGGAAACCUCUCCAGCUUCAGGUCCUUCUUGCUGGAGGACCCUGAGACGGUGUCGUGCAUCGCAGAGCUCCGCCAGAGGGUGGAGCUCUUUGCCAGGCCCUUCCCCAUGCCUGGAUUCACUGACCACUGAGGCCAUCACAGAGAGAGACAGUGCUCCUUUCACAUCCGCAAGAUU